AAAUGUGCUUUAAAUAAUAGCUGCGAUUUUAAAACUCAACAUUUGACGUUAUUUUUGAAAGACCUGUAGGUUAUAACUUGAAAGGUUUAUUGUAAAGUAUUUUUGUACUACACACUGUAAAAAUGUCUUCGGUAUCUCGUAGUGAACCAACGGAAGCAUUGUUCAGUAAUUUUAUUGCCGAGGUAAAAGAAAUUGAGAAGCGUGAUUCUGUUUUAACACCAAAGCAGCAAAUAGAUCGCUUGCUCAGACCUGGAAGUACGUAUUUUAACUUGAAUCCUUUUGAAGUAUUACAGAUAGAUCCUGAAACAUCUUUAGACGAUGUUAAGAAACAGUAUCGCAGAUUGUCCAUUUUGGUGCAUCCCGACAAAAAUAUUGACGACAGAGAUCGGGCCCAGCAAGCGUUUGACAUCAUCAACAAAGCAUACAAAUGUCUAGAAGAUGAUGCCCAGCGUGCUAAAGCUUUGGAAAUAGUUGAAGAAGCUAAAGGACGCACAGAUCAGAUGAUUGAAGAGAAAAGAAAGAAACAGAAAAAAGCUGGAAAAGGCACAAAAGUAGAUGAAGAUGAUCCUGUGAAAUACAAGCACGCAGUGUAUGUUCUGACCAUGAAAUUGUUUGCCGAUCUGGAAAGGAAAAGGAGGCAGGCAGAAGAGCGAAACAUGGAAGAGCGGAAAAGGAAAAGAGAGGAUGAAAUUAUGGAAGAAGAGAAGAAAAAAGAUGAUAAAGAAUGGCAAAAAAAUUAUGAAGAAAGUAGAGAAAAUAGAAUCAAUAGUUGGAAAGCUUUCCAAUCCGGAAGCAAAUCUAAAAAGAAAGUUAAAGAAUUUCGUCCCCCGAAACAUAAAGCUGAAACUCGUUGAAGUUAUUAAGAUAUUCAUCAUGCCUUGCUAAAGUGUCAUUUUCAUAGAACUCAUUCAAGUCUAUUAAUAUACUUGGAAAAAUUCCUUGAGCAUAACUUGCUCAAUGGAUGCUAUAUGUUACCUGCAACUUACAUUUCUUUUGUCCCAGAAUUUUUAUUUUCUUUUACAGCUUAUUGAAAAAAAAAAAAGAUGCAUUUAAUAGAUUAAAUUAUUUCUCCAUUCUGACAUUUUUAAGUGUUAAAACUUUUGGCUAGUGUGUUUUUGAAUCACUUUUUGUGGUACUGUACAAAGUGUGGUGUUAUAUGUACUGUUAGUUUUGGUAAAUGACUUUUUCAAUAGUGGUUAAGAUUUUAACUUUGAUAAAAUUAAUUAACUUUGUUCCAAUAUUCACAUUUUGUGGAUAAGAUAUUAAGUUGAUUGAUAUUUUUUUUUGUUUGAGUUUUGUAGAAGAAAUUAUGUAGCAUAAUAAAUGCUCUUGUAUAUCUAAAAUGUGUUCAAUUGUAUUCUUAUAAUUUAUGGGUUUUUAUUGUUCCGUACAAAAAUAUGAAAUUUUA